AUGGCUGGGUUUUGUUGUAUUUGGAUUCCUAACUUCGGACUUAUAGUCAAACCUCUAUAUGAGUCUCUCAAAAGAAAUGCCAAUGAGCCAUUAAGCUGGACUGCGAAAUGCCAGGAGUCAUUCCGUACCAUCAAGGAGAAAAUUUCAACAGCCCCAGCACUUGGUCCCCCAGACAUUAGAAAGUUAUUUGAUCUUUUUGUGCAUGAAAGACAGAGCAUGAGUCUUGGAGUGCUAACUCAAAAUUUAAAUACUGCCAGAAGGCCAGUAGCUUACUUUUCCAAACAAUUGGAUGUUGUAACUCAAGGAUGGCCAGUUUGCCUCCGGGCUGUGGCUGCAACCUGGGACCUUUUACAAGAAGCUGAAAAAUUUACUCUGGGUUGUUCUACCACUGUGCACACCCCACAUCGUGUGCAACUUUUACUUGAACCAAAGGGCCGAUAUUGGCUUACUUUGGGGAGACUGGGCAAAUACCAGGCCAUACUAUUUGACAACCCAAAGGUAACAUUAAAAGAAGUAUCUGCUUUAAACCCAGCCACUCUGCUCCCCGGAAGAACCUGUUCACGAUUGUACAUGAAAACAGAAGAACCUGUUCACGAUUGUAUACAAAAAAUUGAAGAAGAGUAUUCUAGCAGACCUGACCUGACUGAUCAGCCUUUAGAGAAUCCAGAUAUGGAAAUGUUUGCAGUCGGGAACAGCCUCAUGGAUCGUGGACUCCGAAAAGCUGGAUAUGCAGUGGCAACUCAUCAGGAGGUCGUAGAAGCAGAAGCUCUCCCUCCAGUUACGUCUGUCCAGAAGGCAGAGCUCGUAGCCCUCAGGAGAGCCCUGCAUCUUGGAGCUAAGAAAAAGGUAACCAUUUAUACUGCUUCUAAGUAUGCCUUCUCUGUCAUGCAUGCACAUGGGGCCAUGUGGAAAAAGAGAGGUCAACUAACAUCAGAAAAGAAAAAAAUUAAACAUGCAGAGGCGAUACUGGCCUUAUUAAACUCUGUUUUUAAUGCCGGAAGAAGUAGCCAUAGUACAUUGCCCGCACCAAAAGACUGAUAGCUGUAUAGCUAAAGGAAAUAGUUUGGCUGAACACGUAGCAAAACAGGCGACCAGAGCCAAACACCCUAGCACUCAUUCAAAGUGUGGACCUGUCCCUGUUUAAGACUCAGCAUUCAGAAAUGGAUCUAGAGAGAGAUGAUGAUGGGGAUUUCACACUGACUCUUGAGACAUAGAUGGUGAUCAGUACCAAACAAACAAAGAAGGCUGGAUAUAUAAUGAACAGGGAUUAGUGCUUAUGCCCCAACAUUUAAUGGAAAGAAUUAUCACUCAUCUACAUCAAGGAACCCAUUACGGGAAGGAUGCAACCUAUCAUUGGCUACUAAAGUUUAUUGUUAGUCCAUAAAUGCAAAGGACCAUCCAAAAGGUAAUACAAAAUUGCCUGAUUUGCACCAGAAACAAUCCUAAAGCCGGGCCACCUCCAAUAUUCAAAGGAGUGCAAACCCGAGGGACAGAACCAAGAGAUGCCUGGCAAAUAGACUUUACUGUUAUGCCAAGAGCCAUGGGACAUUAUAGAUAUUUGCUGGUAUUUGUGGACACCUUCACAGGACGGGUCAAAGCUUUUCUGUGCUGGAGAGAGAAAUCUUCCUAGGUAAAAAGGCCUUACUAAAAGAAAUUAGCCCUCAUUUUGGGUUGCCUCUUUCCAUUCAAAGUGACAGUGGAGGAGCUUUCAUAGCCAAGGUAACGCAAGGGGUAUCUGGGGCCCUCGGACUACAAUAGAAGUUACAUGCUUCAUGGAGCCCUUAUGACUGAAAUGAUGAAUCAUACCUUAAAAGAGACAAUCACCAAAGUAUGUUAAGAAACCAACUUCACUUGAGAUAAUGUCUUAACAGUUGUCCUGCCGAGGGUAAGAGUAGCCCCUAGAAGCAAGCGCCACUUGAGCCCUUAUGAAAUGUUAACAGGAGACCCUUCCUUAAGACUAAGUAUUAUUGCUGUCUUGAAAGUGAUCUCAUUGUAAAAGAAGUAGAUACUAUAAAAUGUGUACAGUCCCUUGGUGCUAUCUUAUUUUCUGUAUAUAAAUAUGCCUCUAGCCAAUUACCAUUUCCUGCAGACAUUCCUGUGCACUGCAUAAGCCCAGGGAAUUGGGUCCUCCUCAAACUUGGAAAAAUGACUGCCCUGAGGAUCAACUGCAACCCAAGUGGAUUGGAGCCUAUGAAGUCCUUCUGGUUACACAUUCUUCAGUAGAGCUGAAAGGAGUUAAACCUUGGAUACACCCCUCCAGAGUUGUUGACUAAUCAAAUCUUGAGUUAUUCUACAGAGACAGCACUUCCAUGUGCAAGACAGGAACCCAUGUCUCCAGGAUGACACCAGAACCAAGAAUCUUCAGUCUGCAGAACUCAAACAAUAGACAUGUUGCCACUGGAGCCCUUUACCAAGCAAGAAGUUCUUCAGUAAGAAAAAUCCAGCUUCCAGCUGCCCAAAUAGCUUGAUUCCAAUCAGCUUCUGACUGUCAACACUAGCCAAUAAGCUUGUGAAAUUCUUCUAACUUACAUUUUGCCCUGAACCCUGGACAGGGAGACAGAUUUGAGCCCUGCCUCCUGUCGGUUGACUCACAAUAAAAUGCUUUCUUUUCUUAAAA